AUCUGUCUUAUUUGUAGGGGAAAUGUAAGAGAAUGUCAAUACUGUAAAUUUACCACCACCGUUGAGUCCCACCACUGCAUACAACCCUUCACCUCUCUUCGUCCAUCUCAUUUGCUUGCCGCUGCCCACCUCCGUUUUUACGUUGCCGUUGCCGUUGCCAUCGCCGUCAAAUGUCCUCCGGCUGGAUGAAGUCGUUUCGCUGCAGAUCUAACGACGUCGACGACGUCGACUGCCCCCUCGCGCCGUCGUCUUCGUCUGCCAAGAAGUGGCUGCUCCUUCCCUCCUUAUUGCUCUCCUGCGCCGACUCCUCUUCUCACGCUCCUAACGACGUCCUCCCGAAACGCCCCUCCGCCGCUUCCUCCCGAACGCCGAAACCCGAGCCGAGAUCCCGCCCGCAAGUCUCCGCCCCGCCUCCCUCCCCGGCCACGGCGGUGGCGCCCGCUGGCCCGUUCCCGUCUUUGGUGGAGCUGCCGCCUGGCCACCCCUCGCGCCGGGUGGUGGAGAUCAUCUUCGGGUCGCGAUGGUGUUCCGGCGAAGGGCGCGCCGCCGGGGCCGACGCCUUCUCCGGAACGAUCGAGAUGCUCUUCCGGGUCCGCAACCCGGCCCGGAGCGUCGCCCGGUUCGAGGAAUACCGCGCAGCCGUCCGUUCCCGCGCCGCCCGGUCCGACGACGCGCGGUGCGCAGCCGACGGGAACGAGAUGAUGCGGUUCCAGUGCCGCCCUCCCGCCUCGGCCGGCGAGGUGUUCGACGGCGGAGUGGCGUGGUCGCCGGCGGAGGGGAUACGUACAUUCGCGGGGAGCGGCGGGGCCCACGAGAGCGGGGGCGGCGGCGGGGCCGGGCGGCGGGCGAUGCUGGUGUGCCGGGUCAUCGCGGGCCGGGUCCGGGCCGAGUCGGACCCCGAGUCCGCGGGCGACUCGGUGAGUUUGGGCGAAGGUGAGCUUCUGGUGUUCGAUCCCCGCGCCGUGCUGCCGUGCUUUCUAAUUAUCUAUAAGCUUUAAACUUGCCUUUGCCUAAUCUAAUAUUACAAUUUCAAUUAACAUCUAUAAUAUUUUUUAUGUUCUUAAAAUAGUUCUAUUUGAUUGCAUGUAAAAUUCUCCGUUGCAAGAAAUUAAAAUUUUUUUUAUUUUUUUUUACUUUGGUUUGUUUAGUUUCAUUAAAAAACAUUUGAACUCAUGUGGGAAUGAUUUGUUUUCUUUAUAAUUCAUUUAUUUUCCUUCCUCCAAAAUCAGUGAUAUAUUUAGAAUUGGACAUUAUCACAUAUAUGUAGAAUUAACGAUGAUGUAUUGGAGAUCUUCAUUUUAUUUGGACCAUUAAUUCGUAAAGAUGGAAGUUGAGGGUUUCCAUCAUACUUUUAUUGCUUGAUAUAUAUCAGAUAAAGACCACUGACCUAAAAGCCAACGUAUUCUUUGCUUGUGAGAUUACAAGUGACAGCAACCUUUUGUUCUAUUAAUUCAAGAGUUGAGUUCAGUGCUCCAUUUCUGCAUGAUUGUGGUCCAAAUCGAGAAAGCAGUCAUCUGCAUACCUUCAAUUGUCACUGCACUGCCAAGACUGUACUUGUGGAGGACCAGAAUAAAGAUGAGGUAAAAAGACAUGCAUGAGUCUCUUCUAAUAACUAGUGAUACAUAA